CCCUGGGCAAGGAGGCUGCGCAGGCGCGCUGGGGAGAGGAGGCGGAGCCGCAGUGAGUUGGGUCUGGGCGCCGGGGACCGCAGCCUGUCGAGCAGCGGCGCGACUCCGAGAACUUCUCCCAGAAGUCCUGAAUCCAGGAGUGGAAAGUUCCCAUUCCACAAUGAUGAAUGCUGACAUGGAUGCUAUUGAGGCUGAAAAUCAAGUGGAACUGGAAGAAAAAACACGUCUUAUUAAUCAAGUUUUGGAACUGCAGCAUACACUGGAAGAUCUGUCAGCACGAGUAGAUGCUGUUAAGGAAGAAAACCUGAAACUCAAAUCAGAAAAUCAAGUUCUCGGACAAUAUAUAGAAAAUCUUAUGUCUGCAUCUAGUGUUUUUCAGACAACUGACACAAAAAGCAAACGAAAGUAAGGGAUUGAUUUCCAGAUUAUGCCAUUGUAUUGCUGCUUUUUCUGUUUUCAUUGGCAUAGGCUACAUGAGUUAAAAUACCUUAGUUUGUGGCUUCCCUGGAUAUCUGAAGAUUAAUGGCUAUUAUAGACAGAGUUAAAAACAUUAUCAAACAACUGAAGCCAUGAGUUUGUGUAUUGUUAGCCUUUGAGCAAUGUGCAAAUGUAAUGUAGAGACUUUAACUAGACUUGCAUAUGUUUCAAAAAUCAACAAUGGCACGUCUUGUCCAAACUGGAUUCAGUUUGUCAGGUUAAGCAAACAUCUGAUUGUCAACUACUUUGAAGAUUUUAGGAUAGUGUCUUGUAGCAGAAUAAUACAAUGCGGUGUAAAAUGGUGUUAAUCUUAUUUUAAAUGAACACUUAAACUUACUUUGCACCACCUUUUCUUCAGCUCAAAAAAUAAUUUUAGGUAUCUGUCUAGAACACUCAUUACCUUUGCAGAUGAAAAACGAACAUUUAAAAAAAUAAAUUAUUGGAACGGGUUAAGGAUUUUCAUGAACUAGUAGAGAUGUGACUAUUCUCUGCAGGGUUCUAAUGGCUUGCUUGUUCUUGACAAACUGAAGAUAACCUGUUUGUAAAAGACUGCGAGGAGUGCUCAAUUACUGGGAUGUUACUGUUUACAGCGUGUGAUUUUUUUCACACUUCAAACCAGUUCCUUUUCCCUAACUGCUGGUAGUUUUUCUGUUAGCUAAUGUCAUUCAAGGAGGUGGUUUUACACCAUGUUGAGAACCACUCAUCUUAUCAUGGACAUGGCUAUAUUCACAAAUCUUUGUAGUGUAGACCAGGCCCUAGUUUCUGUGCCACUGGAGCCAUGUGUAGGUGCCAGAAGCUAGCCUACUGUUUCAAACAUCAUUUGGUGCCCAAAUGGCUGCCUUGUACUGAUUUCUGUUGCCAGAGGUAGCAACUUCCAGUUUUUGCACUAAUACACUUCCAUGCUAUCAGGAAGGGGCAGAAAUUGGUAGUUAGUGUUUCUGGGAUGGGAUAUUCUGGCUACAUUAGUAUUUGAAAUGCUGUUUCAGCACAGUUUCAAGGGGACUAAUUUAGGCGACCCUCAGCAACUGUUCAGUUUUCUAGUGUAGAUGUGUUAAAUGGGCUGCUGUUACUAGGAUUGGGCUGUAGUAAAGGUCAGCAAAGUUUUAACAAAUAUUUCUAGUGUACAUCAGUAUUAAUAGUGAAAAAGGUAAAAGUUGGUAAGAUUUCAUUUCAGUAUUGAAACUUACACAUCCCUCCCAAAUGUCUUUGUAUCAAGCUAGCUGAUUUGCUGUGGCUUUAUGAAUGUUAGUUAAAACAUCUUUUCAAUAAUGGAAAUCACUUUUCCCAUGUUAAGAGGUAAAGUAAAAUGUGUUAUUGUCAAGGCUGCAUUUCAUCACUACUGUGAUGGAUUCUGUAAAAUAAAAACAUGAGAAUUAUGUUUGGGUGAGUGGAUGUAACCGUGAAGAGUUAAACCAAUGUCAUACUGAGCUUCCUUGGGCAACUAAAGUAGCUAGAGCUCAGCAACAGCAGAGUGGUGACACAAGAGCACAUCCAUGAAAGAUUGAGACUGUUCAGGCAGUGGGGCCUUGGUCCCUCCCUCCCACUGUUUAAAAAAAAAAGUAUACCUGCAAAGUUUUAGAUGGCACCAAGUGGGAUGCUGAGAGGUGAAGUUUAAGUUAGAUAUUGAGUCAGGGCCCAAGUUGCAACAAAAUUAAAUGUGUAGAGAAUGGGACCUAACCUGGCUAGGGCUUUAAGCCAACUGCCUGGCCAACAUAGGAGUUUAAAAGAUCCAGCCACUAACAGUAAUUUUAAAUUUCCUUGGGGUUUAUCUGUCCCCUUUGUGCUCAUUAAACACUCUGCGUGUACUCAAGUACUGGUAGCAAAUAGGAUUAAUCUUCUGCAUAAUUACUUAGGUAAGUGGUGUUUGGGUAUAAAACAGUACCCAUAACAUGUCUUCAAAAAUAUAUAUGCACUUCUGCUCCUUUCUCCGUUACUGUUCUACGAAGCAAGGGAUAGCAUUACACCCCCUUUACAUAAUAGGAAAGAUCCACCAUUGUCAGCUGGUGCACUUGUUAGAGUUGAGCCACUUUCCUAAAAUCAAAGAGUAAUCUUAAUCAUGUUGUGUAUUAAUGUAAGAUUAGAUAGUGGUAUUUUAGCCAUAUGUAUAUAGUCAUUUCAACUGUAAACAUUUUGCUUUCCACUAUUGUGGCCUUUUAACUUAUGAAUGUUUUAAAAUUGUGUUGUAUUACUGAUUUUACAUUUAAUAAAAGCUUUUGACUUGU